UUCCUUUACCCUAAACCCUAUAAUACGAUGAACAACAACGAUCAGAUAUCAAUGGAAGACCAAUCUCAACCUUCGAAAAGUUCUCAAGUUAUUCAAAAAUUAGCUUCGGGUCCUCUCUCUUCCUCUCUUUCUUCACUCUCUUCCUCUUCUCGAACCCUCCCUUCUAAUCAAGACUUUCAUUUCUUCAACAACUUCAACGAUUUCAAGCUUCCGAUCGAUCAAAUCGCCAAAAUAUCAGAUUCUUUGCUUGAAUCCAUUGGCGCAUCGGCUAAAACCUGGGGCGCUAACAAGGUGAUCAAUUUCCCUAACAAUAUUGAAAGUAUAGUCGAUGAUGAAGCUUAUGAUUGGCUCGUUGAUAUCAACGAUGAAAUUUGGGAACGAUUCGACGUUUCCAUGGACGAGUUUCAAAAGAUUCGAAAGAAAGAAGAGGCAUCGGGUCGGUUCAUAGGAUCGGAUCCGGAUAAUAUUGAGUUUCAGCUGGUUAACGGGAAGAAGAAGAAGAAGAAGGUGGAUGGUGGGUUAAUGAGUGACUCGGCUGGAGUGUCAGUGAGUGGGAUCGAAGGUGGGGGUUUGAGUUCUUCUGGAGUAAAGGUGAAGCAAGGGGCGUUGGCUACAGGGACGACAGGUAAAGCGAAGGUUCCAUUUCAUAUACCAACGAUACGGAAGCCUCAGGAAGAGUAUAAAAUACUUGUCAAUAAUUCGAAUCAGCCUUUUGAACAUGUUUGGUUGCAGAGGAGCGAGGAUGGGCAGCGUUUUGUUCAUCCACUGGAGAAGCUCUCUGUUAUGGAUUUUGUCGAUAAAGAUAUAGCAGAUAUUGAGCCUGUUAAACCCCCAUCAAUCGAGUCUACCUCAUUCAAGCUGGUUGAGGAAGUAAAAGAUUUGAAGGAUUUAGCGGCGAAGUUGCGCAGUGUGCAGGAGUUUGCGGUUGAUUUGGAGCAUAACCAAUAUCGAUCUUUUCAAGGACUAACUUGCUUGAUACAAAUUUCUACCAGAACUGAGGAUUUUAUUGUAGAUACUUUAAAGCUUCGAAUUCAUGUUGGCCCAUAUCUUAGGGAAGUUUUCAAGGACCACACCAAGAAAAAGGUUAUGCACGGAGCAGACAGGGAUAUUGUGUGGCUUCAACGAGACUUUGGCAUAUAUGUGUGCAAUCUCUUUGACACAGGACAGGCCUCAAGGGUCCUGAAAUUGGAAAGAAAUAGUUUGGAGCAUCUUCUGCAACAUUUUUGUGGAGUUACAGCCAACAAAGAGUACCAGAAUGCAGAUUGGAGAUUGCGUCCUCUUCCUGAUGAAAUGCUCAGAUAUGCUAGAGAAGACACUCACUACUUGCUGUACAUUUAUGAUUUGAUGAGAAUCGAAUUGCUAUCAAUGCCCAAGGAAGGUGAACAUUUAUAUGCUCCCUUGGUAGAGGUCUACAAGCGAAGUUUUGACGUAUGUAUGCAACUGUAUGAGAAAGAGAUCCUCACAGAGAAUUCAUAUCUCCAUAUAUAUGGGUUGCAGGUGUCUGGUUUCAAUGCUGAGCAGCUAGCAAUUGUUGCUGGGCUUUGCGAAUGGCGAGACAAUAUUGCCCGUGUAGAGGAUGAAAGUACUGGUUAUGUAUUGCCAAACAAAACACUUCUUGAAAUCGCCAAGCAGAUGCCUAUAACUGCUCAUAAAUUGCGUCGAUUGUUGAAAUCUAAACACCCAUAUGUGGAACGAAAUCUUGGUGUGCUUGUUAGCAUCAUAAGGCAAUCUAUGCAGAACGCUGUUGCAUUUGAAGCUGCUGCUCAACAACUUAAAAUGGGACGUACACUAAAUGCACCAGAACAUAUAGCAUCGAACGAGGUAGUCAAGGUCUUACUUUCGGAGGUUCCAACAGACUUGAAAAUUGCAAAUGACGGAAAAAGAAUCACAGAUGGCGCUAUGGUGGGACCUGAUGGGAUAACUGCACAAGCUGCUUACACACAACAUAAACAGGAGUAUAUCAAGAUUGGAAGCAGUGUCUCUGAACUUGACACAGGCAAAAAACAAGAAGGAUUCUCUUUUGAGCCACAUGUGAAUGGUAGCUCAGUGCAUGUGAGAGAAAAUCUUGCCAUUUCGGGGGAAAGUGGAGAUGCAAAUGCAACCACAGUUAUUCCACCUUCUGCAAAUGUAGCAACUGGAGCAACUAUUCAAAUUCUAAAGAAACCGAGUCGUGGCCUCGGAGCACUUCUGGGGAAUGCUUCCACAAAGAAAAAAGUUGGUAUCGAGAAAAUGGAGAAGGAAGAGAGCAAGUUGGCGCAGAUAAGAUCUUCAGUGAAUCUUUCAUUUCACUCAUUUUCGGGCACAGAGGAGCUGUCGAAAACCCCAUCGAUUGAGCCAACUAAACUUCCAGCCCAACCCGAGGAACCUCCUGCUGUGAUAGCUACUGAAUCGUUGACAUCAGAAGAUGUUAUCAUGUUGGAAGAUAAUUCGAAUAAAGAUGAACAAAUUGAUGUCGGCGAUAACUCGGAAGUAACUGAUAGACCUGAGGAGAGUUCCAUGACACCUUCCUCUGAAAUGGAGAAAGAAGAUGAGACCAUGUCGUUAUCCGAUUUAUCUACGAGCUUCCAACAGUGCUUUGAGUCUAUGAAUCAAAACAGAAAAGCAGUUAAAGUCAAGAAAUCAAAAGAACCGAGUGGUCUCCUGCAAAUAAAGCCAUUUGAUUAUGAAGCAGCCAGGAAAGAGGUUAAAUUUGGAGAAGAUGCAGAGGACGAAUCAGGAAGCCAUGCAAAACAUGCAGGUAAGAAGAAAAAAGGUUCAGCAGGUGGGCGACUUGAAAUAGAUGAUGGGUCUAAACAAUUUCCGCAAGCUAGAAGGCGACGAGCUUUCCCGGCAUCUGGGAACAGAAGUGCAACUUUCCGGUGAGCCUCCAAUUGCGAAUCCUAAUCUCAUAAGACAAAUGUUUAAACACCGUUGCAUUUAAAAUCUUAAUAGAAUAGAUGAUCUUGCUAGGCUUAUCUGUUUAGGCUUAAACAAAGCAACAUGCAAA